UCGGGCGCGCCCGCGAGCGUGCCCAGCGGUGGGGCGGGGAGUACUCGGGUCAGGGGCCGCCAGGAGGGCCGUCUGCAAGCGGCGCCCCCCGGCCCGACGGCGGGCGCCUGCGAGCCCCCUCGCCCCCAGAUCCAGGACCCUCCGGGGUGGGGAGGAUCGGCGCGCAACGCGGCCGGAGUUUCACCUGGCGAAGGAAAAUCCCGACCAUGUAUCUGCUGCUGUCGAGGCGUGCUCAGAGAUUCCUGUCUGGCACAGUGAACGUGGGAAGCGUUUCUGAGCCCUGUGGGGUCCCAGGACUCACAGUCUGCCACGCCGGCCACCUCUCGGCCACCGAGAGCCCCACGGAAGAAGGGAGCCAUUUCCCACUAUAUCCAAACCAUAUCCCCACCAGCCUCUUGCAGAAAGGCUUGCUGACGGCUGGCUCGGCCUUCAUGGCUCUCUACAACCCCUAUCGCCAUGAUAUGGUAGCUGUUCUUGGGGAGACAACAGGCUCCCUUGCCUUAAAAAAUCUCUGGGAACAGAUGAAGACUCACCCAGAAGGAAGUCAGGUCCUACAAGAACGGCCCCGGAUCCGCCUUUCUACGCUGGACGUCGCUGGACUUCGGGCGCUCCCCGAUGGGACUUUUGGCCGGGAAUACAUUCGGUUUUUGGAUGAUAAUAGGGUUUCUCCAGACACCAGGAUGCCAGCCCGGUUUGUGGACAAUGAAGAGCUGGCGUACGUCAUCCAGCGUUACCGAGAAGUCCACGAUCUGAUGCACACCCUCCUUGGCAUGCCCACGAACAUGCUCGGGGAGGUUGUGGUGAAGUGGUUUGAGGCUGUCCAGACUGGUCUGCCCAUGUGCGUCCUGGGAGCACUAUUUGGCCCUUUCCGCUUAAACGCCCGAAAGCGACACCUUCUGACCGCUGAGCUCAUCCCCUGGGCCGUUCGGAGCGGAAGAAGUGCCACCUGUCUCCUGAACUUCUAUUACGAGAAGCGUUGGGACCAAACUGUAGAGUCCCUUCGCCGCGAAAUGGGCAUCCUGCCCCCUCCUGUGAUUGAGGUCUGAGCUUCCACAGCUGAAACAGGAGAGCACCUGGUGGAGCCAACAGCUUUCAGGAAGCCACAGAAUUAAAUCUUGGAAAUUAAAUCCACGUCCUCUGGCAAAGCCUGGGGCAUUUCAGGGGUGGUCUUGUUGAUCUGUUGGCAUCCCCAGCUUCUUUUUCUGUCCUGGAAUGUUAAGAGGGUUUAAAAGGGAAAAAAAAACAAGCAUCAGAGCAAAAAUCAGGAAUGUUGAAACUCCGAAUCUGUUCAACAAUAAAAACAGGGAAAAUAUCAGUGGUCCAAAAGACAGGAUGAUGAAAACGGCUGCAAAAAUUAGGUCUCGCCUCCUAAGUUUUGAUUUUAUUGCUGAGUCUUCGUGAGCCAAACCGUAUAAUAGCUUCUAGCACAUUCAUUCUCACAAGUACCUUUUGCGGUUUCGGAGCUGGGGGCCUUCAAAGUCUAGGAUUCUCUUCAAAGCCUCCCGUCCCAUCACUUCUGAACCAUUUCUAAUGAUCUUCAUCUCCUCCUCCUCCUCCUCCUCCCACCCAACCCCCCUGUCAAGUUGACUGUUUUAUGCUUUCGGCCCGGCCUCGAAGCAGCCUAGAAAAGGACAGAAGAAAUACUAAUUCUGCUUGAGUUGUUUACAAGAGAUCCCCUUCUCUCAUCCAGAUUAAAUCACUGCAAUAAAUUGGAUUACACAACCACUUGCAUUAUAGAGCAGGCACAAAAAUACAGAGCUAAUAACAGGCUUCUGAGGUGAGGUUGAAUGCUGGUGCGAUUCUCUUUAUGUUCACAAUGGGGUGGUGAUAUUUCCCAGAUUCUAUCUUCUGUUCCAGGGUUUCUGGUUCCUUAAUCUACCCAGGAUAUUAAAAACCUUCU